AUGACGGUGGAAGCAGUGAACCCUAAGGCGUACCCGUUAGCUGAUUCUCAGCUAGCGAUAACGAUCCUGGAUCUUGUUCAGCAAGCUACGAACUACAAGCAGCUGAAGAAGGGAGCUAAUGAAGCUACCAAGACUUUGAACCGUGGGAUCUCUGAGUUCGUCGUUAUGGCUGCUGAUGCUGAGCCCCUCGAGAUUCUUCUCCACCUUCCUCUCCUUGCCGAAGAUAAGAAUGUGCCGUAUGUGUUUGUACCAUCGAAACAAGCGUUGGGGAGAGCAUGUGGAGUGACGAGGCCUGUGAUAGCUUGUUCAGUUUUAUCGAACGAGGCAAGCCAGUUGAAACCACAGAUUCUGCAGCUCAAGGAUGCGAUUGAGAAGCUCCUUAUCUAAGUGAUUUGGGUCUUGUCUCCGGUAUGAAGAGUCUCUCAAGGCUCUGACCUCAAGUUUUAUUUGUGCAACUCGAUCUCUACUUUCUACUUUUUAUCUCUUGGUGUGAUUGUGUCUUUUAUGUUGAACGUUUUUCAUCUAGUGCAAUGGAGUUUUUUACUUAUGUUUAGAUUGUGUUUGAAACAUCAUUGCCUUAUUUUAUAUUGAAUCUAAAAUAAUUAGAGAUGUGAAAUGUUAUUAACCCUUAAGAAGUUAGGAAUCCCAUAAAUGGAUUUU